UUGUACUAUAUUUCAAUGAUUUAAGCCCAAAGAUCGCACGGCUUUCGGCGCUUUAGACGGCCGAAAUGGAAAAUUGACAUAUCUGUGUUCUUAACGAAGUUAGUUUAAAGUUGUAGUAAAUAUUAUCAAAAAUAUAAACUUUAUUUUGCAAAGACAAAAAUUAGUGGAAAGUGGAGUGUAGUUCAGUUUUGAAUUUUAAUUUUCAAAUUGUGUCUGUAGUGGAAGUUUCGUUAGCGCCAUUUUGAUUUCACUUUGCAGAGGCGUAAUUUAUAGCAAAAAAAAGUCGAAAACUUAUAAGACAAUUCAAUGGGAGCUUGCAUAAAUUCAAGCCAAAAAAUUUUUUACAAACAAUCAAAUAAUUAAAAAAAGCAAUUUCAUAAGAAAUUUGAAAAUUUGCACUAAAUCUACGCAAAUGAUAUCAGUUUAACAAAAGGAUCAUAUAAGCCAAAAAUAGCAACAACAAUAACGGUAGCUUCUUGUGUAUACCAUCAACACAAAUUUAUGCAAUAAUACAAGAAAAGAGAAAUAGAAAAGUGAAUAAUUAGCAAAACAAAAAGUCGGCUUUUGAACGUUUAAGGAGAUACGAGACAACUUAAAAUGGCUUUUAUUCGCAAGUUUAAUUUUUUCCUUUUGCUACUUUCAAUAACUCUAAAUUUAAGUGUGGAGAAACCUGAAUAUGAAUGGCUAAUGAGUUAUACAAAGAGAAAGGUUUUAAAUAUAGCACAAAGUUGUCCAGAUGACUGUAUUUGUGGUUAUCAGUUGUAUGAAGGAGCACAAAAGUACGUGGUAAAUUGCACAAAUACGGGUUCAAUACGCAACAAUUUUUAUUUUUUGCCUGUAGAUACACAAGUUCUUAUUUUCACAGGCAACAAUAUAGCUGAAUUUGACUGGCUUAAUGUAUUUCAACUAAGUUUAAUAUGUAUUAGUCUGACCGUUUUAGAUUUGAGUAAUAAUCAAAUCAGAAAAAUAAACAAAAUUCCUUCUACAUAUCAGUAUAUGCCGAAUCUACAACAGCUUAUAUUAAGUCACAACAAUCUGAUCAUAUCACACGAUGAUCAUCCUUUAUCUAUAUUACCCAAAUUCGAUACUUUGCGAAGCUUACACUUAAUUAAUGCAUUUGAUGACAACUACUCGGCACAUUUAAAUGAGGAUUUACAUGACAUACUGAAUAAUGGACAGUUGCACAAUUUAGUAAACUUGCAUUUAGAACAAAACAAAAUUACUCAUUUUAGGGAUCCUAAAGUGUUUUGUGCUUUGCCUAAUUUGCGUGAACUGUAUCUAGCUGAUAAUCUGCUUACUGAACUGAAUUUUGAAGUGCAUUGUUUGAGUAACCUGCAACUACUAGAUUUGCAAAGAAAUAAGUUGCAAUUUGUGAAAACAGAGCAUACAGCAGCUCUAAAUGAAUUGCAGAGUCGACGACACUUUGGAAAUAAUUUAAACGUUGACUUUAAUUUGAAUCCAUUUGUGUGUGAUGAAAUAGAAUCAUUUCGUAAUUGGAUAUUAUCUACUAAGGUCAUUGUAAACAAUAAGAGCAACCUUCUGUGCUAUAGAAAUGGAGCUAAACCAUUACGGAUCAUUGAAAUGGAAACCAGACACCGUCUUUAUUAUACUGAACUAAUUCGAUCGUCACCUAUGUAUAGCAAGGACCAAAACAUUGAGACCAACGAAAGUUUGGGUUUAAAAGUCAACUUUAUUUUAUUCGUAAUAAUCGUUAUAUUGGAUUUAGUUGGAAGUUUGGUUACAGUAAUGAUGAAGUGCAUUUUCUUGUUCUCUUAUUUAAAACAACGUUGGAUCAGAAGUGUAGGUAAAUCUGUUAAUGAUGAAGUUGAAGUCUGCUCUAAAUUAAAUAUGUAA